AUGAGCCACGGCGUGCCCCGCGUCGCCGUCAGCGACAAGACGGACGCCGCUCGCAGAAAGGAGCUCAAGCAGAUUGGCGCAUACCAAGCCCUGAUCAAAGCCCAAGAGUACACAUCCGAGACGCUCGGCCUGACGUCUGCCCUGCUCACCCAAAACCCCGAAUACUAUACCGUCUGGAACCACCGCCGACUCGUCCUUCAACAUGUCUUUGCCAAAGAAGUCAACUCUCCGCCAGCUGAAGACGCCGAGUCGAAGCCCGCGCCCGGCCUGAAUCCAGCUCAACAUGAGAUCACCCUGUUGAUCCGUGAAGACCUGGCUUUCCUACUGCCCCUGCUCAAGCAAUUCCCCAAGUGCUACUGGGUCUGGAACCACCGCGCAUGGCUCUUGCAGCAGGCCUCGAAAUACCUUCCCGUCACAUCAGCAAAGAAGUUAUGGCAACAAGAGAUGGCCUUGGUCACAAAGAUGCUUACCUACGACUCGCGCAAUUUCCACGGUUGGAGCUACCGUAGGGAGGUCGUCAAGUCCAUCCAAGACCUCUCGGCCCAAGAGCUCCAAGACAAGAGUCAAGACGAACAACAGAGGGAAUCUGAACCGUCUAUGACCGAGUCCGAAUUUGCAUACACUACCAAGAUGAUCAAGACAAAUCUGUCAAACUUCUCUGCCUGGCACAACAGACUACAGCUCAUACCCAAACUCUUGAAGGAGAGAAACGCCGACUUUGCUGCUCGUAAGAAGCUUCUCGACGACGAGUUUGAACUCAUCAUCACUGCUCUCUACACAGACCCCUAUGAUCAAAGUCUGUGGUUCUACCAUAACUACCUCAUGACGAACCUGUCACUCAAAACAUCCUCAGACCUCAGGAUAGUCCCUAACUUGACAAAUCAGCAUCGCAUCGAGUAUUACGACACACAGCUUGAUCUACUGAAGGAUAUGCUAGAAGACACCAAGGACUGCAAGUGGAUCUACCUAGCUUUGGUGACAUACACUCCUGAAUAUCUCGAGAUUGAUGCGGGCAACAAGAAGGUUACCACUCUCGAGUUGACAGAAUGGCUAGAUCAACUAGAGCAACUAGAUCCUUUGCGCAAAGGCAGAUGGCUAGAUUUGAGAAAGUCGCUGAAUCUAUAA